AUGGCUCUUAGCUUGGAGGUAGCGUGGGAAGCCUCGGUUUUCGCCUCGUGCGGCGCAGCGCAGGAGACGACCUACAGCGCCUACCCCCGAGGCAUGGGUGCUCCCUUGCCUGGAGGGAUGCCACUGGUGAAGAGCUUUGCAUCUCAGGGGCUGUCGGCGCGUGCCGGUCUCGCCAAGAAGUCGGACGACGCUCCUCCGUCCGCGGUGGCCACCACCGGAGGCAUGUUCUCCUGGGUGGACCAGGCCAAGCAGAUCUUCACCGGAACGGCACCGGCCAGGAAGACCUCAGACAGAGCCCCUGAGUAUCCAAAGGAGCAAACCCGCCGAAGCGACGCCAACUUCAGCAGUGCGAAGGCGAAGGUCUCACGCCUAGUGGCCACGGCUCAGCUGGUGCGCACCGGGUGCCGCAAGUGCUGCAGCUGCUUGCAGGGCUCACCGGUGCUGUGCCUCAUCAUUACGCCCCUGGUCGUAUUGAUCUUCAUCCUCAUCGCCGUCUUCAAUGUCUGCUUGGCCCGCUUGUUGACGGCUCCUGGCGCAGUCCUUUUCAAUGUGCUCCUGCUUUGGUUAGUGCUUCGGCUGGUCGUGAGGGUCUUGGUCUUCCCCGGCUCCAUCCUCUUGUGGCGCCGCAACACAGAGGCCUCCUACCGUGCCGAGAUGGCGAAGCAGUUCGCCAGUCACCUGGAGCACCUGCGCGGCUUCGUGGCCGAAGCCCUAGGCCGGGCGGGAGACGGGCACCGGACCGAGGCGACCCUGGAGGGCACCUUGUUAGGCCUGAUGGUGGUCGAGGGCUUGGCCCGGAACUUCCGGGUGCAGCAGAGAGAUCAGGUGAAAUUCACCACUGAGCAGGUCCAGCUAAGAGGGCUGGUCCAGGCCGUGGAAGUCUGGCUGAGCCAAGCCAAGGUCCUGGACAGGCGUGCCGAGAUACCCCUGAAUGACUGGCUGCAGCGCCAUGUGCAGAAUGUGGUGAAGGUCCCGCUGCGCUAUGCAGUGAACAGUACUCCCUUGGUCUCGGAAGCCAAAGCGGAGGCCGAAGGCACCCUUCAGCGCCUGGAGCAGCUUCUGCAUAUCUUCUACGAUCUGCAGCGAUCGCCGGACGGCCUUUGUGCCAGCACCAGGCGCUUUCUGCGGACGCCAGUGGUUGGAUCGCUGAACCAGCUCAGGGCAGAGCUCCUGUUGCGCUACAGCGCACAGCACUACUGGGUGCGCACCGGCGGCCGCAAGAUCGACGCGGUGUUCAUCUCCGCCAAGGGAGACCGUGACGAAGCCCUGACCGAGAGUCCCGACGCGAAGGAGGAUGCUCCCUUGAAGGACCUCGAACCGCGUGGGCAUGUGGUAGUUUGGUGCAACCCCAAUGCCGCCUACUACGAGACCAUGGCCUAUGAAUCCCAUUGGUUGGACUUCUACCUCUCCCAGGGCUGCAGCAUCUUCGUUUUUAACUACAGUGGAUUUGGACGGUCCCAAGGGCAUCCAAGUCCAGGCCGCCUGAGCGCUGACGGCGAUGCGGUGGUGGACUUCCUGCGGCGGAGGGGUUUCACUCAGGUGGCCGUGCAUGGACGGUCAAUUGGAGGCAUUGCUGCUUGUCGCAUUGCCCGAAAGAAUCCCGACAUCGUGAAGGUCCUGGUCGCUGACCGUACCUUCUCAACCUUGGCCAAGGCGGGCGGGAAGGCGUCCGUGGAGGGCGAGGCGGCGAAGUACACCUUUGGAGAUUGGGCUGCCAAGGGCUUGUCUUUGUCAGCCACUUGGGCGGACAAUGUCUCCAACUAUGUCAACACCAAGUGCUACAAGGUGAUGCUGUGCGAUCCCAAGGACGCCACCAUCCCGGACCUCGCUGCGCUGCGCACGGCAGUGGCCCAGAAGGUCUUGGAACAGGUGCCUUCCAGCGAGCGCUUUUCCUAUGAGGCCCGGCCCGGGGCGAAGUGGGCGCUGCAACGGUGCCGGGAGCACCCGGUUGGCUCGAACGCAGGCUUGGACCGCAUGGCAGAAGCCUGGACCUUCUUCGAGGUCCUGCUCUCCAUUUGCGAUGCCUGCGACGGCGGAUGUGUUUGCCAACCGCGCUUCGGGGAAUCCAAGCGCUCCGCCCGGCAGCCGGUGGUGGGGAAGCCGGUGGUCGAGACUGAAACCGCUCCGCAGGCCGGUGACGAAGACUCGCGGCUGGUGGCCCGGCCACCGACACCGGCGAAGGUGACGGUGCAGUGGCUUCAGGAGCACAGCGACUUUGUGCACUUCACCAUGUCACCCCACAUCGACCUCCUUCGCCAGGCCGUGGACAGUUUGGGCUCCAGGUUCAACGCGAGUGGCCUGCCAUUAGAUGAGGCCCUAGGAGGUCAUCAGGAGGAUGCUGCUGAAGCCUUGCAGUGCUUCUUGUGCAACUUGCAGGUGUGGGGGUCUUUGGCCCUCCGGGGCGCCUCGGGGGAGUUCAGCCCUAUGCCGCGCACCGCCGUGGACGAUGACCUGGAGCUCUUCCUGGCCAGAGGUCUCAGUGGUACCACGGCGUCCAUGAGCGCGCGCUUGGCGAAAGUGGCCGAGCAGUUGACGCCGUCGAGGAUGUCCGACUACCAUCGACAGCUGGCGCGAGUUGGAGUGGCCCGUGUGCGUCGAGACUUCCGGCAGCAGCUCUCCGCGCUGCAGCGGAGUCUGGAUGCCUCUGUGGCGCAGGGCGACUGCCCACUGAGUGCGGCGGUCUUGACGCAUCUCCGAGAGGUGGAGAAGUUCAUGACAGCCAUCUACCGCUUCUUUAAAUGCGUGGACAUCAGUGGCCAAGGCGAGGUUUUGGGUCCUAGGUGUUGUGCUUGGCACAUUUGCACGACACGUCCUCCUUCUGCGGUACGGUCCGGAGCGUUGGCCAAUGCUAGCUCUUCCACUCCGGAGCGGGCAGGGGAUCUGGAGCGACCGGAUUCAGGUGCGGGUGCUGAGCAUUGCUGGAAGACACUCAGCGCAAGCCCGUGCUUUUGA